AUCACUCCGAGUUGUAAAGACAGAUCGAUGGUAUUGAUUUUCGACAUCAGUCAGCCUUGGCAAGCACUCAUUCCACGGAGUAACCACGUAAAAUUGCAUUGUUGUAAGAUGUUUUUAUUUAAUGCUAAAAAUAGCCAUGUAGCAUUUGGUCGUCGUUUUAAUUACUGUAAACCUCGCCAUACCUUAUCUGACCCCCCCCCCAGCGAUGACAUCUUAAAAAAACACCGUUUUUUUCCCACUGGAGCUGAACGAUGCGCGUCCACGCUGUCGCUACACCCCCCUGCGCGCUCCCGCUCCCCGCCGCCGCUCUUUGAAAAAGAGCAGGAAACAAACGGCGAAAGGCGAGCGGAGACGCGGGACGCUUCUUUCCUCAGUCAGAGGGGACAGGGAGCGGGACAGAGAGAAGACAAGGCGCACAGGCACCAUGAAGGACCGAACUCAGGAGCUGAGGAUGGGCAAGGAGAGCGAGGAGGACGACGAGGUGGCCGUCAGUGUGGAACGUCGCUUCAUGGAUGAAUUCUUUGAGCAGGUGGAGGAAAUUCGUGGGUUUAUCGACACCCUGUCGGAGAAGGUGGAGGAGGUGAAGAGGAAACACAGCGCCAUCCUCGCAUCCCCCAACCCUGAUGAAAAGACGAAGGCCGAGUUGGAACAACUGAUGACCGACAUAAAGAAGCUGGCCAAUAAAGUGCGCUCCAAACUGAAAAGCAUUGAGCAGACUAUAGAGCAGCAGGAGGGCACCAACCGGUCGGCAGACCUGAGGAUACGGAAAACGCAGCAUUCAACACUGUCCCGCAAGUUUGUGGAGGUGAUGUCGGAGUACAACGCCACCCAGUCUGACUACAGGGAGCGCUGCAAAGGGCGCAUUCAGCGUCAACUGGAGAUCACUGGCAGGAACACGACGAAUGAGGAGCUGGAGAGCAUGUUGGAGAGUGACAACCCUGCCAUCUUCACCUCAGGGAUCAUCAUGGACUCCAAUAUCACCCAGCAGGCCAUGAAUGAAAUCGAGACACGGCACACCGAGAUCAUCAAGUUGGAGAACAGUAUCCGAGAGCUGCACGACAUGUUCAUGGACAUGGCCAUGCUUGUGGAGAGCCAGGGGGAGAUGAUUGACCGCAUCGAGUACAACGUGGAACACUCUGUGGACUACGUGGAACGGGCCGUGUCGGACACCAAGAAGGCGGUGAAGUACCAGAGCAAAGCGCGGCGGAAGAAAAUUAUGAUCAUUAUAUGCUGCGUGGUCCUGGGCAUCAUCAUAGCAUCAACUGUCGGGGGAACACUGGCUUGAGACCCACAAACACACAUACGCACACCCACACACACGUACACAAUACACUGCAUACAGGAGCACACACGUGGGUGAAGGCACAAUAUUCUUCAGCCCAAAGUGUGAUCAGAGACAUGUAACAUUUGAAGUGGAGGAAGUAUUUCAUAGGCAUGAACUCCGUUUUGUAAACAUGUGGUUCUGCAAUGUGUUUUGCCUGGAUGUUGUGUGUUUUUCCAUGGCUAAAUCCCUGAUUUUUUUUUUUUUUUUUUUUUCCCCCCCCUCUUUUUAAGUUUAUUUUCACGAAAUUUAUCAGGAGAAAAUCAGCAUUGCCCUAGUUCCAACUUUAAAGUCAUUCAUUUAGUUUCUGCUGUCUAGGAAUAAAAUUGCUCCCUUUCUCAAAAACAUCCAGGCCCUGGUUAUUACAUGGCUCCUUGUCAAGAUGCGUGUGUUUAGUGGUUUUAUUGUUGGCGGAAAUGGAUCUAGUGGCUAAAGCAGUACUUUGGGCAGCAGAUGAAGAGACAUCCCCUGUAGCUACAGUUAGGUGAGGACUGUUGGCAACUGCAGUCUCCUGCAGGUAGGACACUGCAGUGGACAGCCCUUUCCUGAAGGAUAUUUUCAUACAACGGUAGGUCAUCAGCAGGUCUUCCAGGCCUGAAGGUGGGAGCACCUUAGACUCAACAUUUGCAUGGCUUCUCGUAAGGUUAUCAGAUGUGGUAACGUCGUUCAGCGAAGAGAGCUUGGUGAAAAUUUGUACCAUUUUAACGAUUGAUCAGGGGCAGCUUAUGCCAACCCUGCCACCUCAGACCAAAUGGGACUGUCCCAGCCGGGAUCCGUUUCUCCCGACUUUCUUCCGAUGCUGGUUCUUUCCGUCCAUCUAGAUUUCUUAAUGCAUCAGUCUUUCCCAUGCUGCCUUACUACUGAUUUGUUUGAGCAUGUGGGUGCGUACGUGUGCAAAGUGCACGCACGUGCAUGCGUGUGCGUGCAUGGCCGUGUCAGUAUGUCUGGUGUAUGUGCGUGAACAUGUGAGCACUUGUAACAAGCCACCUGUGUCUCCGUUUUGUAGAAAUGGUCUCAUAACCUCCUGGAAAUUGAUCCCUAGGUGCAACAUGCCAAUGUGUGCAAGUAAAACACAUCAUUAUUUUUCCAGUUGUUUUGUCUGCAAAGUCAAAUUCUUAUCUUUCUGUGUUUAAACAAAAUACUGAAGAAAAAAAAAAAAAAAACAAAAAAACUGAAUAAUAUAUUACCAGUAUAUUUUGGUCUGUGUGUUUUAGUACCAUUGAAGCCAGUGGUCUAAAAUGGUUACCUAGUUGAACUGUCAAACUUGGACUUUCCUACAGCUUGCAAAAUUUUAAAAGAAGCAAGAAAAAUCAGCCAAACUGGCGGCGUGUAAAGUUAAGCUUGUGUGAAAACAAAACAACACUGGCCACAUCCUGUGGGUUUCUCUCCCCAAGGCAUUGGCCACAUAUGCAGCAUCUUCUCCAUUGUUCUAAUAACCUGCAAUAUUCAGCAGUCUGGACUGUGCUGGGAAGCCAGAUGGUCAAGAUGGCCAUCAGAUCCGCAGUAGAGGUCAGCAGCGCAGGUUAAAGGUCUACUUACGCAGCAUUCCUGCAAUAUUCACACUUGUGUAUCCAGCGCUAGGUCAUCUUCAUUGCGGUUCCAGCCACAAACUCUGCAUGGUCUUCCUUUUAUUUUCAUUCUCCGGAUUAUUUGUCUCACCAUUCAGAAAGCAGUGGUGGAUCACGCUUCCCUCUGCUCGAUUACUAAUGUGGGUUUCUCUUUAGAGCUAUUUGUGGGGACCGUUUUGUAAAACCUGUUUUUGUCUGCUCGUGGGGAUUACGGAGGAGUAUUUGUCGUCAGCAGCACUAAGAUAUUAUUACCUUAAAUCACAGUGAAACGUUACAUAUUUAGUGUUAUGGGCUAUAGUUACAUACUUUUGCAUAAUUUUAAGUGCACACAUUACUGUUUAUGUUCCAGUUAAUGUUCUUUUGUUGUCCUCAGCUCAAUUUGUUACAAACAUUACAAAUAUAUACCUUAUAUUGCAAUAUAUAUUUGUAAUAUAAAAGGCCCAGCACUUCAGUUCCGCUUAACCCUGGUUUUGUUUGAAUCCUGUUUUAGUGUUUGUCUGUGGCAUGCAUGUUUUGUGUGGAUGAAGGCCAGAGAUACAAGUCCGCUACGUUUUGGUAUCAGUCCAAGCUGUGCCCCGUCGUUGGGGGAAGCUGUGCCUGCAGCAAGGGAGUGUUGUAUUAAUGAACAUUUUCCACAUCACUGUUUUGUACAACAGGAAUGGUAACCUCUAGUGUCAAUUAAAAACAUUCUGAUGACCAA